AUGGGUGAUAUUGUUCUUCGUUUCCUUUCUUCAAACACUUUUGAUAUUGCUUUUCUUUCAUUCUUUUUUGUCUGUUUUAUAAUUUACCUUCCUAUUGCAUCCACUUCACUUCUUUUUCUUGCUUUUAUUCUUAAUUUCCAAAUUCUUUUUCAGCCUCAUUUUCAUUUACCCCCUUUCCUCCUUUAUUUCCUUCUCUCUUAUCUUUAUUUAUUUUUCGUUCUUUUUUCUCUAAUUUCCUCAUUUUUAUUCCUUCUAUCUUGUUUUUAUACAAUUUUUAUUCUUUUUUAUCUAGUAUUUUCUCUUUUAUUCCGCCCAUCCUAUAUUUUUUUCUCUCGUUUUUAUUCAUUUUUUAUUCAUUUUGUCUGUUCACCUCACGUUUUCUCCUUUUUUCUCCUUUCCUUCUUUCUUAAUUUUAUUCAUUUGUGCAUUCAUUUGCUCAUUCACCUGACAUCGCAUUCUUUUACCCAUUGUUUCAUUCGUUAUUUUCUCCCUUUCAUUUUCUCUUUCUUUUAUUGCAUUUCAUUUUUCAUUCUUUCUUUGAAUAAUUCUCCUUUCAUUCAUCCGUUAUUUUUAUUUCUUAUCUCUUUAAUAUCAUCCCUUUCAUCACUUAUGCUCUUUCUUUCUUUCUUUCUUUCUUUCUUUCUUUCUUUCUUCUUUCCUUCCUUCCUUCUUUCAAUUUUCUAA